AUGGCGCCGCUUGAACAGCAAUGGGUCAACGUCCAGCAGAAGACCUUCACCAAAUGGCUGAACAGCAAGCUAAAGAUUCGGAGCGUUGAGAUCCGUGAUCUCAUUACCGACCUCUCUGACGGUAUCAUACUGAUCCACCUGCUCGAGAUCCUCAGCAACGAGUCCCUCGGCCGCUAUGCCUCGCGCCCCAAGCUGCGUGUACAAAAGUUUGAAAACGUCAACAAGUCGCUCGACUUCAUCCGCAGCCGACGAAUCCAACUGACAAACACGGGUGCCGAAGAUGUCGUCGACGGCAACAGCAAGAUCAUCCUGGGCCUGAUCUGGACCCUGAUUCUGCGCUUCACCAUCAGCGACAUCAACGAGGAGGGUCUGAGUGCCAAGGAGGGUCUGUUGCUGUGGUGCCAAAGGAAGACGGCCUGCUACGACGAGGUCGAAGUACGCGACUUUUCGACAAGCUGGAACGAUGGUUUGGCCUUUUGCGCUCUGCUCGACAUUCACCGCCCCGACCUCAUCGAUUACGACAGCCUCGACAAGAACGACCACCGCGGAAACAUGCAGCUCGCCUUCGACAUUGCCUCCAAAGAGAUUGGCAUCCCGGACCUGCUCGAUGUCGAGGAUGUGUGCGAUGUCCCCAAGCCUGAUGAGCGAUCCCUCAUGACAUACAUUGCCUACUGGUUCCAUGCCUUCUCCCAGAUGGAACGAGUCGAAAACGCCGGCCGAAGAGUGGAAAAGUUUGUGGCAAACAUGCAGGGAGCUUGGCAGAUGCAAAACGACUUUGAGAGGCGCAUGCGCGAGCUGCUCAACCAGAUUGCCAGGCAGCAGUCACACUGGGAAGAGGCCAAAUUCGACGGAACAUAUGCCGACGCAAGAGCCCAAUCAGCAGAGUUUACGGCAUGGAAGCGCAAGGCCAAGCGGACAAUGGUUGCUGAAAAGUCGGAUCUAGUAGGUCUUUUGGGUAACAUCAGGACAAAACUCGCCACAUACCGAUUGCGCCCAUACGAUCCCCCGGCCGAACUCAGUCUCGACGCCCUCGACAACGCAUGGACAGGCUUGAUGAAGGCCGAACGACAACGCUCGCAGGUCAUCAACGAGACCAUUCGAGACAUCAAGAAUGCUCUGCGCAAGUCGUUUGCCGACAAAGCAAACGACUUUGCUCUCGCCCUCAACACCCUGUCGACGUCGAUAUCAGCGCUCGAGGGCGAUGUUGAGGACCAACUAGAGCAUACAAAAGAAAUCAGCAAGUCGCUCACACCACUGGACGAAUACCUGAACCUCAUCGCAUCAAUUGACGAGCAAUGUGCCGAGGCCAAUAUCGAAGAAAACGAUUUCACAACAUACACGUACGAUGAGCUCGAGUACGAGCUGAGUCUAGUCCGCAACUCCGUCUCCAAGAAACUGGCUUUCCUCGAAAACCAAAUGGUUGCCCGAAACAUGACCAACCUGACGCCCAUACAGUUGGAAGAGUUUGAAUCCGUCUUCCGCCAUUUCGAUCGCGACGUUUCAAAUUCGCUGGCAGAGUUGGAGUUUUCGGCAGCAUUGGCCAGUUUAGGACUGGUCUACGACGAAGAAGAAAUGCAUCAAAGAUUCCGCGAGACGAGCGGCGGCAGGGAUUAUGUCACAUUUGAGCAGUUUAUUCGCUUCAUGGUUGACGAGACGGAAGACCAAAACACGGCCGAGCAGGUGUUUGAAUCGUUCAAGGAAGUGGCCGACGGCAAGCCAUACGUCACAGAGCUGAGAAAGAAAGAAAGAAAGUGA